AUGGCACCUGCUAUAGACACCGCUGCCACUCCCGGAACCGUGACACUGGUUGAUGUAGACCAUGUCAUCGAAACCCGCCAUUUGGCCCAUGGAGAUCGCGAUAUCGUUCUGGUCCCCACCCCGUCAAACGACCCAGACGAUCCCCUCAAUUGGAGCCCCAGGCGGAAAAUGCUGUCUACAGCUUGUGUGAGCAUCUACACAUUAUUCUCUGGAAUUGCUUGCUCGGUCGUGUAUUCGGUUCUGACACCACUGCACGAGGCCACUGGACUACCAGUCAGCACUCUGAACGAGGGGACGGGAUAUAUGUUCCUAUUGGCUGGAUGGGGACUGUUGUUCUGGCAGCCUUUUGCGAUGCAAUACGGCAAGCGGCCCACAUACAUCUUGUCAUUGAUUGGAAUUCUGGGCGUGACUAUGUGGGGUCCAUAUGCAAACACCAAUGGGCAAUGGAUCGCCCGAAAUAUCGUUUCGGGCUUCUUCACAGCACCUGUUGAGGCCCUACCCGAGAUAUCUGUCACAGACGUGUACUUCACACACCAACGAGGAACAUAUAUGGGCCUAUACGCAUGCUUCUUAGCUGGCAGUAACUAUCUGGCACCGGUGAUAUGUGGAUUUAUCGCAGAAUACCAAGGCUGGCGAUGGGUCUUCUACUGGCCCAGUAUCUUCGUGGGAUGCGCCGCCAUCUUCCUGUUCUUAUUCUGCGAAGAAACCAACUACGUUCGCGAGCAUGUCGAGUCUCCAGCCAUCGUGCGUGCCAACUCCUCUGCUACAAGUGAGCAAAGUGGGGAGCAUGAGAAAUCCGUUCCAUCCGCCGAUGCCGAGGUUGCCGAGGUCGGUGCCAUGUAUACGAAGAAGUCAUAUGCGAAGAAGUUGUCGCUUCUGGGACCUCGCCAGAAGCAAAAUACUAUCUUCCGCAGGUUCUGGCAGAUUCUUUACUAUCUUUCUUGGCCUGUCAUAUUCUACGCUGGUUUCUCGUACGGUUCCUAUCUUGUUUUCUUCAACAUCCUCAACGGCACUGCAUCAAUCAUUCUUGGCGGAGAACCCUACAAUUUCAAAUCAUCCAUGGUCGGUCUGAGUUAUCUGGCAUGCUGCCUCGGAGUGGUCCUCGGGUCCAUUUUCACCGGUCGUUUCAGUGAUUGGCUCACGAUCAAGCUCGCUCGCCGCAACAAUGGAGUCAUGGAGGCCGAGCAUCGUCUCUGGCCAUUCCUCGCGUGUCUCGUACUAGUGCCCGCUUCCCUGCUUCUAUGGGGAGUGGGUGCUGCUCACGACAUCCACUGGUUCGGCCUCAUCGUUGCCAUGUGCAUUCUCGCCUUCACCAAUACUUGUGGAAUUACCCUGAGCGUCAAUUACUUUAUUGACAGCUAUCGAGAGCUGAGCGGUGUUGCCAUGGCUAGUGUGAUCCUGGUGCGGAACACCAUGUCCUUCGCCAUCGGGUAUGGCAUCACCCCAUGGAUCGAGAACAUGGGCUACCAGAACUGCUUCAUUUCCGCAGCCUUCAUUGGCAUGGCUUGUGCGUCUGUGUUCCUGUUUAUGCUGAAAUUCGGCAAGACGUUCCGGGAACGCUCACGCGAGAAGUACUGGAAACUCGUUCAGGAGAACUGGGAGAAGAGAAUGGGUCAUUGA